CUGCUGGCGGUGCUCCCGCCCCGGCGCUCCCCCGGCGCGGCGGCCGCGAUGGCGGCGCGGGGCCGGUGCCCCGAGUGCGGCUCGGAGUCCCUGGUGGAGGACGCGCACUACGCGCAGCAGCAGCUGGUCUGUGCCGCCUGCGGCUGCGUCCUGUCCGAGGGGCUCCUCACCACCACCUACACCGACGAGGAGCAUCUGCGAGAGGUCGCCUAUUCCCAGAGCACUGGCCAGAAGGAGCAGCUGAGCCGCUGCCUGCAGCGAGGGAUCCGGCGGGUCCAGGACCUCUGCAAGGUCCUGCAGCUCCCAGCGGUGUUUGAGGACACGGCCGUGUCCUACUUCCAGAGGGCUCUGCAGCUCCCUGCCUUCCACCUGGUGAGCCUGGAGAAGAAGGAGCUGCUGGGGGGCUGCUGCGUGUUCGUCACGUGCCGCCAGCACAACUGGCCGCUGACCAUGGGCACGGUGUGCUCGCUGCUCUAUGCCAAGCAGGACCUGUUUGCCAGCGUCUUCCUGAGCCUGCAGAGGGAGCUGGGGCUCUCGGUGCCCGCCCUGAGCCUGGCAGACCUGGUGACAACGCACCUGAACAGCUUCCGGCUGGUGCAGCCCACGGCCAACGUCCCCGCGCCCUUCCUGGAGGACAGGGACAAGCUGCUGGCCCGGACCAUGGCCAUCGUGGAGCUGGCCAGCGAGACGUGGCUGGUGACGGGCCGGCACCCCGUGCCCGUGGUCACGGCCGCGGCGUUCCUGGCCUGGCAGUCGCUGCGGCCCGGCCCGCGCCUCGGCUGCCCCUUGGCGCGGUUCUGCCGCCUGGCAGGGGUGGAUCUGCCCCCCCCGGCCCACCUCAGGCUGAAGGAGCUGCUGGAGAUCCUGCUGGCCAUGGCCUCCCAGCUCUCCUGGCUGCGCCGCUUUGACCUGGACAAGAAAACAGUGGUGAAGCACAUCGGGGACCUGCUGCAGCACCGUGUGUUCCUGCUGAAGAACGCCUUCAGCCAGCAGGAUGGGGAGCAGCAGGACACGGCCCCGGGCCAGGGCUGCCCCGGCCAGGAUCCUGUGGGCCCAGGGUCCUCGGAUAAGGACUCCCAGAAUAAGGAGUCCCUGGAAAAGGACCCCCUGGAUAAGGACUCCCGGGAUAAGGACUCUCUGAAUAAGGACUCCCGGGAUAAGGACCCCCUGGAUAAGGACUCCCGGGAUAAGGACUCCCCAGGCCAGGGCUCUCCAGGCCAGGGCUCUCCAGGCCAGGGCUCCGCAGGCCAGGGCUCCCCCAGCUCUCCCCCGGUGGCACAGGGGCAGGGCUGUCCCUCGGCAGGGAGGUGCCAGCGUGGGGGCCCCCUGCGGCCCCUGCUGCCCCCCUGCCUCCUGCGCCCCAGGAAGAGGCCGCGUGCGGCGGCUCCGAGCGCGCCGGCCGCGGCCCCCACGGGCGACGAGCCCAUCUCGGACAGCGAGAUCGAGCAGUACCUGCGCAGCCCCCAGGAGAUCCAGGCCUUCAGGAAGGCCAAGGCCUGGCUGUGAAGGUGACCUGGCCCAGAGGAUGGUGCUGCCAGGGACAGAUUCGGGACCAAAAGUGUGAAGCCCGCCAGGGACAGAGUGACUGUGCUGCAGAGAGUUUCUCAAGGAAUGAGGUUAUGGGGAGGGAUCAGGCUGGGUCCUCCUCAAUGUGCUGGACCAAAAUGAGGCUUUUUAUGGAGUGACUGCUUCAGGUCGUGUUACAUUUUUGUUAUAAAUAAAUAAAAGUGCAGGUGCCAGGUUU